CUUAAGAUUGUCAACAAUGUCUGUCAGUGAGGAAGACCUGUGUCACCACAUGAAAGUAGUUGUUCGUGUACGUCCUGAAAAUACAAAAGAAAAAGAAUCUGGAUUCCCCAAAGUGGUUCAUGUUUUGGAUAAGCAUAUCCUAGUUUUUGAUCCCAAACAAGAAGCCAGUUUUAUACAUGGAAAGAAAACUAUAAAUCUAAAUAUUUUGAAGAGACAAAAUAAGGAUCUUAAAUUUGUAUUUGAUGCUGUUUUUGAUGAAACUUCAACUCAGUUGGAAGUUUUUGAACAUACUACUAAACCAAUUAUUCGUAAUUUUUUGAAUGGAUAUAAUUGCACAGUACUUGCUUAUGGUGCUACUGGAGCUGGGAAGACCCACACUAUGCUAGGAUCGACUGCUGAGCCUGGAGUGAUGUAUCUAACAAUGUUAGAACUUUACAAGUCCAUGGAUGAGAUUAAAGAAGAGAAAGUAUGUAGUACUACAGUUUCUUAUUUGGAGGUAUACAAUGAACAGAUCCGUGACCUCUUAGUAAACUCAGGGCCACUUGCUGUCCGUGAAGAUGCCCAAAAAGGAGUGGUUGUUCAGGGAUUGACUAUCCACCAGCCCAAAUCCUCAGAAGAAAUUUUACAACUAUUAGAUAAUGGAAAUAAAAACAGGACACAGCAUCCCACUGAUAUUAAUGCAACAUCGUCUCGUUCUCAUGCUGUUUUCCAGAUUUAUUUGCGACAACAAGACAGAACAGCAAGCAUCAAUCAAAGUGUUCGUAUUGCCAAGAUGUCACUCAUUGACCUCGCAGGGUCUGAGCGUGCCAGUGCUACAAGUGUGCAAGGCAUCCGCUUUAGAGAAGGCACGAAUAUUAAUCAAUCACUCUUAGCUCUUGGAAAUGUCAUCAAUGCCUUAGCAGAUGCAAAGAGAAAAAAUCAGCAUAUUCCUUACAGAAAUAGUAAACUCACUCGCUUGUUAAAGGAUUCUCUUGGAGGAAACUGUCAAACUAUAAUGAUAGCUGCCGUUAGUCCUUCCUCUAAAUUCUAUGAUGACACCUAUAACACUCUUAAGUAUGCUAACCGCGCAAAGGACAUUAAGUCUUCUUUGAAGAGCAAUGUUUUUAGCCUCAACAACCAUAUAACUCAAUAUGUAAAGAUCUGUAAUGAACAGAAAAAAGAGAUUUUAAUGCUAAAAGAAAAAUUAAAAGCCUAUGAAGAACAGAAAGCUUUUGCUGAUGAAAAUAAAAAAGCAAAGUUAAUGAUUUCAAACCCUCAUGAAAAAGAAAUCAAAAGAUAUCAAGAAAUUCUGCACUGCUUGUUCCAGAAUCGAGAAGAAAUCAGGCAAGAAUAUCUGAAGAUAGAAAUGUUAUUAAAAGAAAAUUUACUUAAGACGUUCCAUGAACAACAGUGCCAUAAACAAAUAGAAAUGAUGUGCUCUGAAGACAAAGUAGAAAAGGCUACCUGCAAACGAGAUCACAGACUUGAAAUGUUGAAAACACGUCGCGGCUAUCUGGAAAAGAAAAGGGAGGAGGAAUUGAAGCAAUUUGAUGAAAAUACUAAUUGGCUCCAUCGUGUCAAAAAUGAAAUAAGCCUCUUAGGUCAAAAUGGUGAUAUUCCAAAGGAACUCAAUAAAGAUCUUCGAUAUCACCAUUUACACCUCCAAAACAAAGAUUUGAAAGCACAAAUUCAGCAUACAAUGGAUCUAAUAAGUCUUCAAGAACAGCAUUAUAAUCAGACAGAGAUAGUAUUGAAUACUUUACUUCCAGCCUUCAGAAAACAGUGGUGCGCAUUAAAAGAAGCUGGCCUUUCAACUGCUGCUUUUGAAUCUGACUUCAGAGUAAUUCAGCAUUUAGUUGAGAGGAAAAAAAUGGUGGCUUGGGCUGACCAAACUGAUGACCAUCCAAAGCAAAGGGAUCUCCCAGGCGUUUCUGUGGUUAUGACCUUUUCACAACUUGGACCAGUUCAUUCUGCUAGUUGUGAGUAUGGACUUUGCACAUCUUCAAAUGAAUUUGCUCCACUUACAGUUCCUCCACAUAAAAGAACUCGGAGAAAACUAAUGCCUUCUCCCUUGGAAGCAAAACUUAAGGAAAAGUCUGUACUGUCUGAAAGUGUUCAGCUCAAUGAUUCCUUCAGCAAAGAACUUCAUCCUAUUGUAUAUACUCCAGAAGACUGUAGAAAAACUUUUCUAACUCAGUCUACUGGGACCUUUAUGAAACCAUCAUCACAUUCUAUGAGUUUUCAGGCCAUCAGCUCAAAUAUAAACAGCAGUAACUCUCAGAAGAUGUUAUGUUCUCCUUUUAGUAGGAGAACAGAAUGUGGAGAGGAAAAUUUGGACUCUACAUUUAUUAUUUGCAAAGAUACCAAGAGUUGGAAGAGUGAAUUGCCUGUAAAAGAAUCACUGCCAAAUGACAAUAACAUUUUGCAAAGGUUUGACUCUUCUACAUUGUCGACUAGACAUCCCAUGGCUGUACCAAGCAUAGUGCCGUCCUACAUGGCAAUGACUGCUGCUGCCAAGAGGAAACGGAAAUUAGCCAGUUCUGGAUCAAAUACUUCAUUAACUGCUUCAGCAAACUCUGGACUUGCCAAACGUGUUCGACAAGAUAGUUCAAGUGAUAAGCAUGUACAAGAAAGCAGAUCUACAGUGGAAUACAGAAGAAGCAACCAUAAAACAAAUUCAAGCUCAGUUAGAAAAUUUGGAAGACAUACUUUAAAAGGAAAUCUGAUAUAA